AUGUAUUUGCAGACAGGUGAAGUAGUGAAUCCAAAAGCAUACCCACUGGCUGAUGCCCAGUUGACGAUAACCAUCCUGGACCUUGUUCAACAAGCUGCUAAUUACAAGCAGCUCAAAAAGGGCGCUAAUGAAGCAACAAAGACUCUGAACAGGGGUAUAUCUGAGUUCGUAGUGAUGGCCGCAGACACCGAGCCCCUGGAGAUCCUUCUCCAUCUUCCCCUCCUUGCUGAAGAUAAGAAUGUACCCUAUGUUUUUGUUCCAUCAAAACAAGCACUUGGCCGAGCAUGUGGAGUCACUAGACCUGUCAUUUCAUGUUCUGUGACAAGCAAUGAGGGAAGCCAAUUAAAAUCUCAAAUUCAGCAACUCAAGGAUGCCAUUGAGAAACUUUUGAUCUGA